AUGUGUUUAUCUACAUAUUGUAAAAUAAUUUGUCAUAUUUAUUUUAAUUAUCAUUUUGGUGAAUCAACAUCUCGAUGGGUUAAUUCAAAAUUUACGCGUCAUAUUCAAUUUUCUUUACGUAUGGUUAUUGCCUUUUCUCUUGCUGCUUUUAUUGCUUAUGGUACAGGAUUAAAAGAUCAUCUAACAUUUAAAUUUAUGAUACCUGGAAUGACAAUAUUAACAAUUAAUGAAACAUUUGGUUUAACAUUAUCAACAAAUAUUGAAUUAAUAUUAAUAAUAAUACCAUUAUCAAUAUAUUUAUUUAUUCUUCAAAAUAAUCGUCUUCUAUAUCAUCAUUAUAUGUUAAAUGAAUUUUUUUAUUUAUUAUCAUCAUUAAUAAUAUCAUAUAAAUGUAGAAAAAUUCCAACAAGAAAAUUAAGUUUAUUAUUUAAUACACUUUAUUUUGUAACUAUUGUUAAUAAAAAUCAAAUUCCAAAAUUUUUUUCAUUUGAAUUACUUGAAGAAUUUAUAAUUGGAAUAUUUUUAUCAAUAAGUGUUUCUUUAUUUAUAUUUCCAUUAUUUGCAACAUUUGAUAUUGAAAAUCGUGUUAAUUAUUGUUUAUAUCAUCUUCAACAAAUGUAUCAUUUAGUUAUACAAGCUUUUAUAUCUGAAGAUCAUAUAACAGCUAAUGUUUUACUUUCUCGUGCACAUAUUAUUGAAAAAAUGAUACGUAAAACAAUGAUUACUACUCAAUCAAGAUUUUCAGAUACUAAUUAUGAACCAUCAAGAUUAUUACAAAUUAUAUUUAAUAGAAAAAGAAGAUUUAUUAUUGAUUUAACUAUUCAAGAACAAGAAGAUUUAACCACAUCAUUAAUGCUUAGUAUAUGUUCACUUAAAUUAUUAGUUAAACAAUGUUCAUUUAAUAAAUAUCAUUAUGAUUGUGUUAAUCAAUUAAAAACAAGUUUAGUAAAUUUAAGUUCAUCUCAAUCAUUAUUUAUUUCAUGUUUAAUUCCUCAUUCAUCUAUAACUCGUUAUGAAUUAUUAAAUAAUUUGACAAAUCUUCAAUUAAGUUUUGAUACAGUUCGUUCAUCAUAUAUUGAAACUCGUCUUCAUUUAAUAAAAGAUACAUUUCAAUCAUCAAAAAUAAUUCAAUCAGAAGAUCAUUUAUUACAUUCAUUUUUUCUUUUUCAAUUAGGUUCUAUUGUACGAUUAUUAACUAAAUCAAUAUUAAUCAAUAAAAAUACAAAAAUAAAUAAACGAAAAUUUUCAUGUAAAAAUUAUUUCAAAAUUGAUUGGUCAAGAUUUUUAAUUGCGUUAAAAACAAUUAUUAUUAUUGGAAUUGGUUCAAUAUUUGUUAUGAUUCCAAAUUUAGCAAAAAAAAUUGAAAAUGGUCAAUGGAUUUUAAUUGCACUUUGUAUGACACAAGGAGAUACGGUUGGAGGUGCUUUUACAACUAUUAAAAUGAGAUUAAUUGGAACUUUAUUUGGUGCUAUGUGGGCAUAUGUUACAUAUUUAUCAGUUGGAAAUGAUCUAUUUAGAACAAUAAUAAUGCUUUGUCCAUGGAUGUUUUUUUGUGGUUAUAUGAAAUUAUAUCCUCAAUGGGGUUAUACUGUUACAAUAGCUGCAUUAACACCAAUUAUUGUUAAUUUAGGACGUUUACCAUUUGCAGAUACAUUACCAGCUGGAAAUUAUGUACUUCUUCGAAUUCAACAAAAUGUCAUCGGAAUUAGUAUUGCUCUUGUUCUUGCUAUUAUUAUUUUUCCACUUUUUGCUAUUGAUCUACUCAAAGAAAAUAUUAAAAAACAAGAAGAUUUAACAACAUCAUUAAUGCUAAAUAUAUGUUCACUUAAAUUAUUAGUUCAACAAUGUUCAUUUAAUAAGUAUCAUUAUGCUUGUGUUAAUCAGUUAAAAACAAGUUUAUUAAAUUUAAGUUCAUCUCAAUCAUUAUUUAUUUCAUGUUUAAUUCCUCAUUCAUCAUCUAUAACUCGUUAUGAAUUAUUAAAUAAUUUAACAAAUCUUCAAUUAAGUUUUGAUACAGUUCGUUCAUCAUAUAUUGAAACUCGUCUUCAUUUAAUAAAAGAUACAUUUCAAUCAUCAAAAAUAAUCCAAUCAGACGAUCAUUUAUUACAUUCAUUUUUUCUUUUUCAAUUAAAUUCAAUUGUUCGAUUAUUAACUAAAUCAAUAUUAAUCAAUAAAAAUACAAAAAUAAAUAAACAAAAAUUUUCAUUUAAAAAUUAUUUUAAAUUCGAUUGGUCAAGAUUUGUAAUUGCGUUAAAAACAAUCAUUGUUAUUGGAGUUGGUUCAAUAUUUGUUAUGAUUCCAAAUUUAGCAAAAAAAAAAAUUGAAAACGGUGAAUGGAUUUUAAUUGCACGUUGUAUGACACAAGGAGAUACUGUUGGAGGUGCUUUUACAACUAUUAAAAUGAGAUUAAUCGGAACUUUAUUUGGUGCUAUGUGGGGAUAUGUUACAUGUUUAUCAGCUGGAAAUGAUCUAUUUAGAACAAUAAUAAUGCUUUGUCCAUGGAUAUUUUGUUGUGGUUAUAUGAAAUCAUAUCCUCAAUGGGGUUAUACUGUUACAAUAGCUGCAUUAACACCAAUUAUUGUUAAUUUAGGACGUUUACCAUUUGCAGAUUCAUUACCAGCUGGAAAUUAUGCACUUCUAAGAAUUCAACAAAAUGUUAUUGGAAUUAGUAUUGCUCUUUUAAUACGAAUAAAUGAAUGUUCAAAUAUAGAUAAAAAACAAGUUGAAAAUCUUCGUAUUUAUGCAGUUGAUGGUUUAUUUCUUCCUGAUUUUUAUAAUGAAUUUUGUAAUUUAAAUAAACAAUUAAAUGAUUGUUUCAAAGUUUGGUCAUCUUAUUUUAAUUUAACACAAACAAAAUCUUAUCAAAUAUAUCGUGGUUCAAUUCAUCAUAGAAAACAUUUAAUUAAAAAUGAUUUAAAUAAAUAUGAACAAUGUUUAAUUCAACUUCAUCGAACUGUUAUUUAUCUUCAAAAUCAACAUCAAAAAUCAACAAAUCAAAUAUUAAAACAUUAUUUUCAAAGAUUUUCAUCUGGUGAAAUUCCUCAAAAUUUUGUUCCAUUUGUUAAAAAUGAUCAAGCUGAUUCAAUAUUUAUUGCUAUAUCAGCUAUGUAUUAUUCAAUAACAGAACUUGCAAAAUCAGCUUUAGCUCUAGGUACAACAAUACAUCAUGUUUUCGAACUUGAAACAACUGAUUUAUAUAGACCUUUUUAA